AUGACUCCCAACAUUCGCGAACAGCCGAGGGUCGGUGAACGGUUGACGAACAUUAGCGAUCCUGUAGACAAACCCAUGCUCACGAUUAUUCUGGAAUGUAAGGAGGAAAUCAGUGAUCUGCGUCGUUCCCAAGAUAUCUCUUCGCCUAUCAUAGAUGUACAAGAGUUCAGAUACGAAAAUCUUACCGGAAAUCAUAUAUUGAGCUAUCAGAAACCAUUUAAGGAGGUGAAUUUAAAUGAAGCCCUCUGUCACUACACUGCUCCGAAACGAUCGCCGGGUUGCGCAGUCAAACAAGUUACGGAUUUUCUGCGAAACAUCUUGAAAGAGAUUUGUGAUCCGCCAUACGAAAUAUGGAAAUACACCUACCGUGCCACAAAUUCUCCCCGAGGAGAAAACAGUUUGAUUAAUUUGCCGGAAGACAUCAGUAUCACCAUCACAGAAUUCAUAAUUGAUGCCGUAGGUCUAUCCCAUCCUUGUAUUUUCAAUGGAAGACAUGCAAGCCUGAAAAAUUGCGAGAACGGUGUGGAAUUUUGGUGCGGUUGCACAUUGUCACCUCAAGGAGAUGAUAAAUUUGAACUCAACUACGAAAGAUUUGUCCGAGAAGUGUGGGAUUUCAAUGCACUCUGCCGCCGUGAAUAG